AAACACUUUGAGAUUGAAUGCGGCCCCGUUUCCGCAUCGUUCCCGGAAACUGACAGUCAUGUGAUUUUUCUUUACGUUUGUCGCCAAACAUCCGAUUCGGUUUUUGGUCCGUUUCGUCUUCUUUCUGCCCGUCCAGGACUCCACGGAACUCCUCGUCUCCUUCAGCCUCAUGGACGAAACGAGUCCGCUCGUGUCUCCGCUUCGAGACUCCGGUUCUACGGAGCCCGGCAGCCCGCGGGGCACCUUUGGCAGCACGCCGGGCUCCGUGGUCCGUCUGCCGGCCGGAAGUCCGGAGCGUAACCGGGAGAGGCAGCCGCUGCUGGAGCGGGAACGCGGCAGCUCGUCGCGGGAACCGCACAGGAACGAGUUCCCGGAGGACCCCGAGUUCCGAGAAAUCAUCCGUAAAGCCGAGCGAGCCAUCGAGGGCGGGAUCUACCCGGAGAGGAUCUACCAGGGAUCCAGCGGCAGCUACUUCGUCAAAGACUCGCAGGGGAUCAUUGGUGUCUUCAAACCGAAGAAUGAAGAGCCCUAUGGACAACUGAACCCCAAGUGGACAAAGUGGCUCCAGAAACUUUGUUGUCCAUGCUGUUUUGGUCGUGACUGUUUGGUGUUGAAUCAGGGUUACUUAUCGGAGGCUGGAGCCAGCCUGGUCGAUCAGAAGCUGGAGCUAAAUAUUGUUCCCAGGACAAAGGUAGUGUAUUUGGCCAGUGAAACAUUCAACUACAGUGCCAUAGACAGGGUCAAGUCUCGAGGAAAAAGGCUGGCUCUGGAGAAGGUGCCUAAAGUGGGCCAGUGCUUCCACAGGAUUGGACUCCCUCCGAAGGUCGGCUCUUUCCAGCUUUUUGUCGACGGAUACAAGGAUGCUGACUUCUGGCUGCGGAGGUUUGAAGCGGAGCCUUUGCCUGAGAAUACUAAUCGCCAACUCCAGCUGCAGUUUGAGCGGCUUGUAAUCCUCGAUUACAUCAUCAGGAACACAGACAGGGGAAAUGACAACUGGCUCCUGAAGUAUGACUGUCCCAUGGACUCUUCUGGGAACAGGGACACAGACUGGGUUUUGGUCAAAGAUCCCAUCAUCAAGCUGGCAGCCAUUGACAACGGUCUGGCCUUCCCCCUCAAACACCCGGACUCCUGGAGAGCCUACCCAUUCUACUGGGCGUGGCUUUCUCAGGCCAAAGUUCCUUUCUCCCUGGAGAUACAGGAACUAGUUGUACCUAAACUGUCAGACCCUAAUUUCAUCAAAGACCUAGAGGAAGACCUCUACGAGCUGUUCAAGAAAGACCCCGGCUUUGACAGAGGACAGUUCUGCAAACAAGUCGCUGUCAUGAGGGGACAGAUCCUGAACUUGUGCCAAGCGCUGAAGGAUGGUAAGACGCCUCUGCAGCUGGUCCAGAUGCCCCCGGUCAUCGUAGAGACAGCCAGGGCGCCGCAGAGAGCCAACAGCGAGUCCUACACCCAGAGCUUCCAGAGCAGACGACCCUUCUUCACCUGGUGGUAGAGGCAGGUGGGAGUAGACGCUGUGCUGCCUUUGGACACUGUUAGCAAGCCAGAGGAUGAAGACUUCUUCAUGCCGAAGAAGAUGAUUAAACUUUAAUCUUCCUGUGAAGGAGAGCGUUGAAAAUGUUCUGUAAGAUGUCUUUGGACUGUUGUCCCCUUUUGUCUUGGAUGUGCUGCUUUCUGUUGAGUUUGUAGCAGAAGGGGUGGAGCUAAAUAACAGUAAAAUAACUAUUGCUGUACUGAACUGAUGAGAGUAUUGUGACACGACACUGUAUAAACUGUAAUAUUUAAUGACAGAUUAUAAUUAAAAUGUCUAACGUUAUUGGCAGAGGACUUUCUCUCCCCUCACAAA